UAGUCAUUAGUAUCAAAAUGUAAGUAAUACGUUAAUGAUAAACAUUCAAAAGUAAUUUGUCAGUUAUGAAUAACAUAGGUACUGCACGCUUCACAAAAUACAAAAAGUGACCGUCGUUCAUAAACUUAUUUUGUUAAAUAUACAUAUAUUAUGACUCUAUGAAUAUUUAAACAUGUAGUACAUCUACAUGUAUAAAUGAUGUGUUUCAGUUUUUACACUGUAAAUAUAUUUAUUACGGUGAACUACUGUGCUGUAGAUACUCGCUGCUUAUCAGUUUCAUCUAAAGUAAAUUUUUCUAUUCGACAUCAUAUUAAUUUUGAUUUUUGCAAAAAAUUUUUUAAAUAUUUUUUUCAAAUAUUAUAUCAUCCGUGAGUAACAUAGUUAAUAAUAAACCAACUUGUUUUAUUUUUCUAUUUCUAUUAAAUUUGUUUUGGUACCGCUUGUUGCUUGUGCACUUGUGUAGAUACAUGCUAGUUGCCUUUGUUUUAAAUGUACAAAAUUAAGCACUUAAAUUUAUUGUGUGUACAUGUGUAUGAUGUCAGUUUCUAUAGAAAGUAUUACAAUUACAACAAUUAAUAUAUAUAUCAAAAUAAUUAAGUCAUUAAAAUUCUAAAAUUGAUAUUGUAAACGUUCACAUAAAUCAAACUUGAAAUUGGCGUGGUAUAAACUAUCUUUCUAAACAAAGAGUUUGAUCAGACAAUUACAUUUAAUUAACAGUAUGUUAUGUACUUUAAUAUAUUUACAUUGUAAUGUAGAGUCUUCUUAACUAUAACUUUAUUUAUUUUACGAUAAAUUAGUUCGAACUAUAAAACCAGCGAUUAGCGUACAUCACACAUACACUUUGGCUUAUUCAUUCUGUACCUAUGCAUACUGGAGUGCUAUGAACCCAAGAUGUUGUAGUAAUUUAAUUAGUAAAAUAUAAGCUAUAUGUUAUUACAUAUUAACGUACAACAACAUAAUCAUUUUUUUUUUAAUUCAUUGAUAUGUGUAAUUGAAAGUUUCAUAUUUUAAGUACAAAAAAUAUACACAGACAUCAAUGUAAAUAACAAUAUACAGCAAAAACCAAUUAAAUAAUAUUAAUAAACAAUGGUCUUAAUUCUUAUCUGAAAAUGGUCUAAUAUUCUUACGUUGACUAUAGUCUACAAUAUAGUUGAUACAGAUUGAAGAAUUAUUAUAAGACCGAAGCAGAAUACAUAAUAAUAAUAUUUGUCUGUCAGGACAUUUUAAACUUAUAUUUUCUCUUAUGACGGUUUAAGUGCAUUUUAAGUUAUAAAAUAUGCAUUAUUUAGGUAGGUAAUCAAAUUGAAUUUAUUAACAUAAUUAUUUCAUAGGUUUUUAACAUUUUUACAUUCAAUUUUUAUAAACAUUUUUAGUUUAAAUAUUAGUUGAAAGAAGUUAUUCAUGAAAUUCUUGUUCACUGUUUCACAUAAUUGCACACAAUAUAUUGCUGCAUAAAUGUACGUUAAAUGCUUGAACAUAAGUAGUACUUCACAUUACUUGUAUACAAAAAAAAACUAAGUUUCUUGUCUGAUAUUUGUCAAAUAUAUACAUUUAUAUUUAUAUUAUUAUAUAUAUUAUUAUACUUAAGUUAUUUAUAAAAUAAAAUACAUACGCAAUAAAGGAAAAUUGGUUACACAAAGAGCCUUCUCAUACUUUUGUGUCAUGAUAUUAUAAUAUCGUAGUAAAUCAUUCAACAGCUCAUUUACAAAGCCCAAAAUAAGAAAAAACACAUUCUGCAACCUGCACAUGCAUACAAAGAAUUAAUACUUUAAAGCAUAUUCAAAUUUUCAUUAUAACUUUUUGUUAACAUGGGCGUAUAAUAAAAUUAUUAUAAUUAUGAAAAUAUAAUGAAUAGUAUGAGACAGAGACGUAAUACUACUUACAAUUUCCACGCCCUUAUUUUGCAAAAUAAACCCAUUUUAUGGUUAAAUUAUAUGCAUUUAUUCAAAUUUAGAUUUUUGGAUUUUUUAAGUGUUGUACCAUUUUGUAUAAUAUUUUUUUUUUAUGGUGGACUUAUAGCGAUCACGGCAUUGCGUGACUAUUUCAUCUAGGUAUUAUUUUAGUACUUAUAACAUUCCUAUUUAAACACUAAAUAAAUUAUGUGUAACUACCACAAGUUCUAAAUAACGGUCUUAAACGCGUCAUAGUGUGAAAAAACUGUGAAUAAAACAUAAAAGGGUGACUGAUGUAGUGAUGUCCAUCGACGUGCUGACUUCGGCUCGUAAUCCUAGUAAAUCGAACAACGAGUUUCGUCGUAGGUACAGGAAGUUAUGAUGCUCCAUAAUAAGUCAUAGUAUGAGUUAUGACUUUAUGAGGUUAAAUAGCUUAAAUAUUCCUAAAAUAUUAAAUAAAACCAAUAACGUUACAGUACCUACAUUACUUAUGUAUUAUAAAGGUGGUUUUGAUAAAAAAAUUACGGUGAAUUCUAGAGAUUUGACAAGAAAAUUAAUAUUUCCUUAAUAUUUCUUUAAUCAAGUAUUUAUGAACAUUAACAUUAAUGUCGCUGAUGUGUUUACGGUACACUAAUUAUUUUUGAUUUACUAAUAUUUUCGUUUUUUUUUUUUUUUUUUAGUGGGAUAUAAUGUAUUUGCUACACCUCAAGAUAUAAUAUUUUUCGAUAUAAAUGUAUAAUCAUAAUUAUCUGUCAUUAACUUAACCUAAACUUAGGUGAUCGGACUAAAAUUAUAUUGUCUAACAGACGCACUCGUGGUCUCUGCUUCAGUACCUGUGUAUCAUACCUGGAUUUUUACUAAACUAAGAUACAAACACUAUGUGGAGGAAUAACAAUAAAUUAUUGAAAACUAUAUUAUCGUUAUGAUGUUUAAUGUUGGCUCAAAACAUAUUUAAUCACACGUACAUAAUUGGUUUCCCCACAACAAAUCAAACAUUUCAUUUUUUCAUUUCAAAAUUGCAAUACCAUAAUGUGUACUCGUUAUUAAGAUAACUACAGACUAACUAAAUUUUAGAAACCAUAAUAUACUUAACACGUAACAGAUAAAUGACGAUUGGCAAAAUGAAAAACGUCCCAAAAUGUUUCGAGCGAGCCACUAACGUGACGGAAAAAAUAUGUGCUCGACUUGUACAAAUCGUCGUCGAUGGAGGAACAGACCCAUCAAAUAUUACUACCGAAAGAAAUUCUGACGACUUACGCCCACCGUUUCUACGCGGACUGUAUAAUCGUCAAAUACGGUUACGCGCCGGAAAUGAUAACUGCCCCAGACGAAACAAUGCAUGCAACAGAAAUCCGCAGCAGCAAAACAAUCGGCCGGCGAACAGGGGACGUCAGCCGAUUUGGGGGGACCAGGAGGGCCCCCGGUUACCCCCGCUGCGGUUGGUGUUCCGGGAUCCGAGCCUCGCACAAUCCGCGGCCCAGCAGACGCCUUCCAGGAUACCGGUCCCCUGUCCGUGCCGACCCGAACAGCCCAGGAGACAGGACCGGCCGGUGGACCUGUACGCCGGUUCCAGGUUGCCCGUGCCCAACCGACCCGGUCAGGCGCCGCCGCGGAUACCCAGGAACAACGAUCGGCGUGGCAACUGCGACAUGCCAGCAGCGCGGCCUUGCCCGCCAGCAGCGCGCCCUUGCCCGCCAGCACCGCGGCCAUGCCCCUCAGCACCGCGGCCGUGUCCCCCACCCGCCCCUUCGUGCGACCGGCGUGGCACUUACGACGCACAGCCGCCUCCGUGCGGUGAUCAAAAUUCCCGGCGGUGCACUUUCAAUGCGCAGCCCGAAGCGCGCGACAGCUGCGCUCAGGACAUCCGGCGGGGCACUUACGACGUGUCGCAGCCGUUCGUUGCGCCCCAAUGCAGUCGGCGGAGCUCUUGCAACGCGCCGCAGCCACAGCCGACCAACUGCGGUGGUGUGGGGGCAGGCAACGCGUCGGGUUCGUUCACGAUGACCGGCACCAUCCAGCUGGACGGGUUCCAGGGACUGUCGCCGGUGCGGCCGCCAGCGCCGCGUGACCGGUCGUCGUCGUGUAGCAGAGUGACCGACGGCGGAAUCAACGCCUUCAUCGACAACCCAGUCAACUUCGACACGGUGGCGCCGCGUUCGAUGGCCGUGCCCGGGCAGCCGUACGUGCGCAUCGAUGAGACGGCCGGGAACACGACGCCCGAAAAUUGGCGCCAGAUGAUUGACAACCGCAGCUCGAUUGGCUCGCAAGGGAUGGGCCUGCCGAGUCCCACGUACGACGAUUACCGUGGUUCGCGUGGCUCGUCCAUCGACUCGUCGAGGCUGCAACGGUGGUCGUCGUCCGACCGUCAGUCUCGGCCGUUCGGCCUCGACGAUUCGUUCGCCAUGAGCGGCGCGUCGACGCCGUGCGAUCGGCCGUCCAGGGCCAGGUCCGCGGCACCCGAUUGCGGCCCACUGGCCCGCAAGAACCAAUGCAGACGCGACACUUUUGACCGGAACACCCGCUAGAUGGCGAGCUCCCAAGCCACAUAGUAAAAUAUUAUUUAGCCUGAAUUCGCAGCUAUGAUGAAAAAAAAAAUAUAUAACGGUUCACACUACCGAAGUCGUCGGGCCUCAGCUGAUUGCAGAGAGUAUACGGAUGAUCACCUCGCUGCAGGUAUCAUGAUGGAGACUUCCGACCGAAUCAACCGUUAAAUGUCCAAAAUUAUGGUGUGAUGAUACUAUUAUUUUAUGCAACGAUUUUAUAUUUUAUUUUUAUAAACGAUUUUAUAACAGCCUUUUCGUGUUUUUUUUUUUUUUGUAUAAUAUUAUGUGUGUUUGUCAUAUAGGUAUAUCAUUGUGCCUACUUUGCAUGACGAGACGUUUCAAUUAAACACAUUUUUCAAAUGUGUUAUUAUGCAUUGUUACUGAAUGGGCCAUGUGCGAAUAGCUUUUGUCCGUGCACAAGUCACCUAUUUUACCGCACUAACACUCAUCAGCCAGUGGUAGACUUUUGUAUUAUACAUUUUGUGUUGUAUGUUUUGUAAAUGUGGAUUUUUUAUACAUUUGUAGCUGUACCUCGAUAAAAGUGAAUUAGAUUCGUCAAGCAAAACUAAACAUGAGGGGAAGGGGAGUGUAAAUGUGUAGCGGAUAAUUGUGUGCUUGUAUUUAAAACUAAGAAAUAAAAUGGUAAAACUGAAAUGCAUAUUAUGCUUGUUUAGUAUAAAUGUGUACAUUUUGAUAUUGUAGUAUUAUAUAUAGCAAUUUUGACUCAACAGAUAAAAUAUAAUAUUCUUAAAUAAUAUAUUUAUUUGUGUUAUUGGUUAUGACAGUAAGUGGAAAUCAAGCAAAAUAAAUCAAAACAGAAAAAGGUCAAAUUACAGAUAAUUACUCAUGGUUUGACCAAUAUGGUAGUUGAAACCAACUUGCCAAGUAGUCCCUAUCAUAAAAUUAAAACCAUUGCACAUACACACAAGAGACUGUACACACACUAUAACAAUAUGGAUGUUUACGUUUAAUGUAAAUGAAAAUUUCUGUAACCAAACUAAAAAAUAAUAUGAUAAUAAAUUAUCAGUUGGCAUUCAAAAUUGAAUAUUAAUAAUAAUAAUAAUAAUAUAUAAUAAUCAUAUUAGUUUUUUUUGUCCAAAAGGUGAUGAUAGAAACACAAAAAAACACACAUCCAACAUGAUUGUAAAACUAACACAUUCAUCGCUCCACUCAAAUAUAAAACCAUAUCUCUAAUAUAAGAUUUAUCAUACAAAUAAUAUACCAAACCAGUUUUAAAAUCUAUAGGUUUUCAUAUAUUUAAAAAUUUGAAACUAACCUAAUAUCCUAUUAUGAUUUAUGAAAUGAGUUGCUGAAAAGUCAUUAAGUAGUCAAUCCACAUCAUAAUCUUGCAAAUGUAGUAUAUUAUAUAUAAAUUCAAACAACCCACUAUAACUCCAAAAAUUGUAUUUUAUCAAUAAAAAAUAAUAAAAAUAAUACAAUAAAAACAUGUCGCACACUGUUGUGGUAUUGUUGGUGGUAUUAUCGUUUUAACUAUAAUUGGAUU